UACUUAAUGAUGCACUUCCUGAGGGUUCAUCACUACCUAGAAAUUUUCAUGAAGCUAAGAAAUUGGUUAAAUCUAUAGGAAUUGGGUAUAUUAGUAUUCAUGCUUGUGAAAAUGAUUGCAUUCUCUAUUGGAAAGGAAGUCAUAUUAUAUGCCGUGUUGAGAUCUGAGCUACCUGUGGCUAAGGGAACAAUUGUUUCAACUAAUCCAACCACCUUGGUAGGAGGUCAGCCUCUUGGAAAGCAAUAUUGUGAAGUUAUUGUUAGUUUAGUGCUGAAACGGGAUGCGAUUCUGCCUCGUCCUCAUGCUGAGAUGAACAAUAUGGGUGAUGCUCUUAUGAUGGCAAUUGCAUGGCCAUAUAAAAAGUUGAAGGCUACCAAGGCAUCAAAAUCCUCCUUGGGUACUGCAGGCAGUGCUGAAAGAAAUGCUAAGAACUAGGAAGGAUGCUUGAAGCUGUUUACAAGUUCGAAGAUCACAUCAAGAUUUUGUGUUUAUUUUGUUUUGGAGCUCCUGCAGAUGAAUAUUUUGCACAAGCUUAAUGGCUGUAGUGAAGUGUGAUAGUUUGACCUGUAAUGGUAGAUGUGGAAAUGCUAAUGGCUUACUCAUAUGCAAACUUGAUGGCUUUUGGUUAGAAAUGGUGGAUGCUUCUGAUCAUAGAUGCAGACUUGAUGCCUAUGAGCUAGCUAGUUUUGUAUGGCUGUAGUGUGCAAUUGGACUAGCUUAUAGCUAGCUACCUCAUGUAUAUGGAAUUAUGGAUAAUUUAGUAUUAAUGUUAUAUGCUCACUUUCAGUGAA